AUGCCAACCGCCCCCUACUCCCUUUCGGAACUGAUUGGAAAGGGAAGCUUUGGCCGUGUUUACAAAGCACGCGGUAUUAAAUCAGGUCAACUGGUUGCUGUCAAGAUAAUCAACAUCGACAACGGAGAUGCCCUCGACCCUGGUGCAGAUACGUUUGGCGACAUUCUGAAAGAGGUCGAAACACUCAAGCUCCUUGGUAGUGCCGGCGCAAAGAAUGUCAAUAUUGUUCUAGAUGUGCUUCUUGUUGGCCAUACUAUAUGGAUGGUUACAGAGUACUGCGCUGGCGGAAGUGUUUCAACCUUGAUGAAGCCAAGUGGAUAUCUUCCUGAACAAUGGAUCAUUCCAAUCUUACGUGAGGUCGCCGAGGCCAUCUACUGGGUUCACAGACAAGGCAUUAUCCACAGAGACAUAAAAUGCGCGAAUGUCCUGGUGACUGAAGCUGGCGGCGUACAACUAUGCGACUUUGGAGUGGCAGGUCUCAUGGAGACGAAAUUCGACAAGAGGAGUACUGUCACGGGAUCCUUACACUGGAUGGCUCCCGAGCUCUUCAAUCCAACAGUCAAGUAUGGUACGGAGGUUGAUAUCUGGGCAUUUGGGUCGAUGGCAUACGAGGUUGCUUCUGGGCUGCCCCCCAAUGCUAAUUUUCGAGACAUCUCGCGAUUUGGCACCUACCUGAAACAUCAUUGUCCGCGCCUCGAAGGUGAUCGGUACUCCCCGGGGCUCAAAGAUUUGAUUGCAUGUUGUCUUGUUGAGAAUGCUGCUCAACGGCCACCUAUCAAGGACAUCCAACGCCAUCCUUAUAUCUUCGAAACCGAAUCCACCUAUCCGGCCGUGUCGCUCUCCAAGCUUGUUAGCGCUUACAAGGUUUGGGAGGCCCAAGGAGGAAGUCGGUUAUCGCUCUUCUCGCCAGGUGGAGCGCAACGAGACCUGAAUCUUGGCUCGGAAUUAUCCUCAGUUGCUGAUGAUGAGUGGAACUUCAGCACCAUCAGCAGCUUAGAUCAGCCGGACGUUUCGGAUUCGCUUCAUUCUGUCUUCGUUGAAACCUACAAUGCCGCUGCCGAACCAUGGGCUCAACCACAGAAACCGCUCCCAUAUCGUCGGCGGCAGCCACCACCCAACAUGAAGAUGCCCAAGGCUCCAUUGGAGAAGCUGUUUGACCCGAAUACCAUUACCAAUUACCAGGACAACGCUCGCUCUUUUUAA